AUGGCUGACCAGCCACCUCCCCUGGAAGCUACACCUCUCCUCAAUGAAGUGCCACUUCUACCUCACAUGGUCAAUGGGGACAGCAUCCAGCAGGAGUUAUAUGUCCAGGUUAUUCUUGUCCAGGUCAACCCAGGUGAAACCUUCACAAUUACAACUGAAGAUGGCCACGUUCAGUGUAUUCAAGGUCCAGCACAUGUCCCUAUGAUGUCCCCGAAUGGUUCUAUGCCACCAAUAUUUGUGCCUCCUGGUUAUGUAUCUCAGGUGGUGGAAGAAAACGGAGUUCGUAAAGUGGUGGUGCUGCCACACUCAGCUGAAUUCCAUCCUUCCAUGCAUCCUCCUCCUCCUCCUCCUCCUCCUCCCCAUGUGCCACAUUACCUGCACCACCACCAUGCUCUGCUCCCACCUCACCCUCACCCUGUGUACCCUCCAGUCCCUGGCACGGGAGAGAUGCCACCACAGUUCAUCCACCAGCACCCACCACCACACGUCUUCCAGGAGCAAGAACCUCGUUCCCAUGGAAGGACAAACUUCAUCCAGCGAGACGAGAGGAGCCUCAAAAUGCAGGAACACCUGAAGAAGAGGCUAAAAGACAGACAAGCUGGUGGUCACCCCAACAAUAAACUGAACAGCCCUCCAUCCUCCCCACAGAAAGUUGUUAACUCCUCCAGUGCCAUGAUUCCCAACGGGAAUGGGAAGGGACAGCAAGGGGCAGGAGGAGCACUAAAGCAGAAGCAGAUAGGAAAAGCAAAGGGCAGUCCAGAUGCAGAGAUGGGAGAAGCUGACCCAGACCCCAAGAAAUGUGAUACUCCCUUGAGCAUUGGCAAACCAGUUGUUUCUGAUAUACAAGCAAGAUCAGCCGUUCUGUCCUGGAAUCUCCCAGUUAGUUCACAGAAUGGAGAGAGCCAUAGGCAUAGUCCAGCAGCAUUUACAUUUGAAGUAGCAAUAUCCAACAGUGGUAAAAAUGGAAAAUUUAAAUCUGUCUAUGUUGGGGAAGAGUUAACAAUUACACUUCCUGAUCUCAGACCAGCCACUGAUUACCAUGCCAGAGUUUCAGCCACCAGCAGCUCUAUCAAGGAAUCCAUUUCAGAACUGGUGAGCUUCACUACAGAGAGCUGUGAGCCAGACUGUCCUGCUGCCCCAAAGCUCAUUAACAGAACCAAAAACAGCCUCAGCUUGCAGUGGAAGUCCUCAAAUGACAAUGGCUCCAAAAUAAGCAAUUUUCUUUUGGAAUGGGAUGAGGGGAGGAAUGGGCCCUUCAAGGAGUGCUACUAUGGGCACAUGAAGCAGUACAAACUUACCAAACUCACACCCUCGACCAGAUACUCGCUGAGAUUAGCUGCUAAGAAUGACAUUGGAUUGAGUGGGUUCAGCGAGACAGUGACCUACUACACAGCAGGGAUUGUCCCCCCAGCACCAUCCCCACCAGUGCUGCUGGAGGCAGGAGUGAGCUGGAUGGCGCUGAGGUGGAGCCCUCCCUCCUCCUGGGUGGCCUCAGAUGACUCCCUCACCUACAGCCUGGACAUGGAGGAAGAAGGUUCUGGUUAUGGGUUCCAGCCCCAGUACAAUGGAGAGGAGCUCUCGUGCACUUUAAGGAACCUGAGGAGAAGCACAGCCUACAAGUUCAGGCUCUUUGCCUACAACAGUGAAGGAAAAAGCAGCCCCAGUGAGGUGGUGGAACACAGCACCAAACCUGACAGACCUGGACCCCCCAGUAAACCAGUUGUGAAGGGCAAGAUCCACUCCCACAGCGUGAGAGUCACAUGGGAACCUCCCAGAGACAAUGGAGGAUCAGACAUUGCUAAAUACUUCCUGGAAAUCUCAGAAGCAGCAGCUGGAGGCAAAUGGGACACCAUAUACAGUGGAGCCCAGAGGGAACAUGUGUGUGACCACCUCAGGCCUGGCACCUCCUACAGGCUCAGAGUCUCUUGUGCCAGUAGAGGUGGGGAGAGCCAGGCCUCUGAUGUUCUGACUGUCACCACCUCAGCGGUUCCUCCUGGCCCCUGUCCUGCUCCGUGCUUGGCAGGCAAAGCCAAGCCCAAGGAAAUCAGCCUACAGUGGGGCCCCCCAGCUGCAGAUGGAGGUUCUGAGGUCACAGAGUACCUGCUGGAGAUGGCCAGCUCCGAGCAGGAGGAGCGCAGAGCAGUGUACCAGGGCCCAGCAGCUGAGUAUGUAGUGAGCAAUCUGCUCCCAGGGAGGACCUACUGCUUCUGGAUCAGAGCAGGGAACAGAGUCGGGUUUGGCCCUCACUCUGACAAGGCAGAGCUCUCCACUGCCCCAGGACCCCCUGACCAGUGCUGCAAACCCCUGAUAGCCUGUAAAAGUGCAACCUGUGCUCUGGUUUGCUGGGAGAGCCCUGGGUGCAAUGGGGCAGAGAUCAGUGAGUACAGGCUGGACUGGGGCCAGCUGGAAGGCUCCAUGCACAUCAUCUACACAGGCCCUUGCCAGAGCUAUGAAGUCAAAGGGCUCACACCUGCCACCACCUACUACUGCAGAGUACAGGCUGUGAAUGUGGCUGGAGUGGGACUCUUUGGGGAGACCAGCAUGGUGACCACCCCUGCCUCAGUGCCUGCAGCAGUGGCUGUGCUGCACUUGCUGGAAGAAGAUCAGCUGGAAAUCUCUCCUCCCUCAUCCACGUGCCUUGCAAUCCAGUGGGAAGAGCCUUGCUGCCACGGGGCAGAGAUCACAGGGUACAACAUAGAGUAUGGGGAGAAGCAGCUGGUGACUGUUGGGAGAAACCCAAUGCAUGUCCUUGAGAAUCUGCUGCCUGACACUGUGUACAGAAUCAGAAUCCAGGCCAUAAACAGCUUUGGAGUUGGUCCUUUCAGUCAUUCCAUGAAAGCCAAAACCAAACCACUACCUCCCGACCCUCCUCACCUGGAGUGUGUGGUCUUCAGCUACCAGAGCCUUAAACUGAAGUGGGGAGAAGGGCCCAGCAGAGCUCUAAUCACCAACCCUACUCAGUUCAACUUGCAGAUGGAGGACAGGUUUGGCAGGUUUGUGACAGUCUACAGUGGUCCUUGUCACACCUACAAGGUGCAGAGGCUCAGUGAAUCCACUACGUACUCCUUCCGGAUUCAGGCGUACAACGAUGCCGGAGAAGGAGCCUUCUCACAAGUUUACACCUUCACUACAACCAAGUCUCCACCUGCCUCUCUGAAAGCACCCAAAGCCAACCAGCUGGAGGAAAACACCUAUGAGAUCACAUGGGAACCUCUGCAGCCCAUGAAAGGAGAUUCCAUUGUUUACAUCCUUCAGCUUGCUGCUGGCAGAGAGUUUGAUCAGGUGUACAAGGGCGCUGAGCCCUGGUUCCGCUUGCCCGGCCUGCAGACCAACUGUGAGUACCGCGUGCGUGUCUGCGCGGGGCGCCAUGACCCGCUGAGCGCCCAGGAACUCUACGGCCCCUACAGCCCCAGCACGGUGUUCUGCUGCCAGGGGCAGGAGCAGGGUGCCCCCUGUGCUGAGCCCUCGGCACAGGUGCGGGGCGGGCCGGCGCUGCGUGAGGAGCGUGUCAUCGCCGUGGUGCUGCUGUGCGGCUUCGCCGUGGUCGCCAUCCUCUUCGCCGUCAUCAUCCAGUACUUCGUCAUCAAGUAG